AUGCGGCUGCUCCUCCUCCUUCAAGUCAUCCUCUUCACCGUGGUGGCGAGAGCUCCUACCGCCGCCCACGCAUGGCGCAAGGAGGGCCACUACAUGGUGUGCAAGAUCGCCGAGGGAGACUGCCAGUUCAUCUACGACAGGGACUGUCACAACAUGAAAGGAGAGAAGGACAUGUGUGUGGUCGGAGGAAUCAACAACUACACUGCAGCGCUAAUGAACUCAUCAGCUCCAAGCGUUGAUCCGACGGUAAGCCUGAUGUUCCUGGCGCACUUCCUGGGCGACAUCCACCAGCCCCUCCACUGCGGCAGCGUCCAGGACUACGGCGGCAACACCAUCGCCGUCAACUGGUACAACAGAACCAUGACCAACCUCCACCGUGUGUGGGAUCAGGACAUCAUCGAGAAAGCCAUGAAGGACUACUACGGCAACGACCUGAGCAUCAUGACCAAUGUCAUCAUGCUCAACAUCACUGAGAAUUGGUCCGAUGAAGAGGAGCAGUGGGAGGCGUGCCCUAGCAAAACGAAGACUUGUGCUGACAAGUACGCUAUGGAGAGUGCACAGCUGGCGUGUGACGUGGCGUAUGCGGGUGUCAAGCAAGGCUCCGUCUUGGGAGAUGAUUACUUCUUCUCUGCGCUGCCGGUUGUUCGCAAGAGAAUAGCGCAAGGAGGUAUCAGGCUCGCUGCAAUCCUCAACAGGAUCUUCGGUGACAACAACAGCAGGCUGCAGAGCAUUUGA